AUGAGGGGGCCACCACCACCACCACCAUCAUCAUCAUCAUCAUCAUCUUCCCCGGCGCCUCGGAUGUGGAAAAUACACUUUAAAGUCUCCCUGGGCGCGUUUACCAUGAACAAGCAGGCUUCCCCUACAGGUUCGCGGACGACCCGUCAGUGUCCCCUCACCGCCCCGUGUGGGUUCUUUGGAUGUGCUUCUCUCCGCUCCCUAUGUUUUGUGCUUUCCAUCUGAUAUUUCCAAAGACUCCCCGGGAUCCUAUGCCUUACAUUUGAGUAGACAUUAUUCACAAAUAAGGACAUAUAUUCUGAAUAUAAAGCAGAUUUUCUGCCGCUGGAAUUAAGUCCUAAAAUAGCAGUACCUGUUUCCCCUGAGCCUUUUUCUUCUCACUUCUGAUUAAGAGAGGCAUCAAAACAACACUUCCACACACAAACACGCGUACAUAGGCCACCAUGUCCUCCAUCCUUCCCUUCACUCCACCAGUAGUGAAACGCCUCCUGGGAUGGAAGAAGACUCCAACAGGUAGUGGGGGAGCCGGAGGAGGAAUCGGAGGUGUCGGGGAGCAGAAUGGAGGAGGACAAGAGGAGAAGUGGUGCGAAAAGGCGGUGAAGAGCCUGGUGAAGAAGCUGAAGAAGACGGGGCAGCUCGACGAGCUGGAGAAGGCCAUCAGCACACAGAACAGCAACACAAAGUGUGUCACCAUACCCAGCAAUUGCUCAGAUCUAUGGGGUCUAGGCUCAGGUCAUACGAUAGAGCAGUGGGACUCUGCAGGCAUGUAUGGAUACCCUGACCACAGCAGGUCUCUGGACGGGCGUCUUCAGGUGUCUCACCGUAAAGGUCUGCCUCACGUCAUCUACUGCCGUCUCUGGAGAUGGCCUGACCUUCACAGCCACCACGAGCUGAGGGCCAUUGACACCUGCCAGUUCGCCUUCAACCUCAAGAAGGAUGAAGUGUGCGUCAACCCCUACCAUUACCAGAGAGUGGAGACGCCCGUGCUACCUCCGGUGUUGGUGCCGCGCCAUUCAGAGAUUCUGACAGAGCUUCCACCUCUAGAUGAUUUUACCAACUCCAUCCCGGAAAAUACCAACUUCCCUGCAGGCAUAGACCCUCCAAAUAACUAUAUACCAGAGACUCCUCCACCUGGCUACAUCAGCGAAGAUGGAGAAACCAGCGACCAGCAGAUGAAUCAAAGUAUUGAAUCAGGUUCACCAGCAGAAAUGUCACCAAGCGCUCUGUCCCCCGUCAGUCACAGCCUGGACCUUCAGCCCGUCACGUACAGCGAGCCAGCUUUCUGGUGUUCUAUAGCUUACUACGAGCUAAACCAGCGGGUCGGAGAGACGUUCCACGCCUCGCAGCCGUCGCUCACCGUCGACGGCUUCACCGAUCCCUCCAACUCCGAGCGCUUCUGCCUAGGGCUUCUCAGCAACGUCAACAGGAACGCAACUGUUGAAAUGACAAGGAGACACAUAGGCCGCGGUGUGAGAUUGUAUUACAUCGGCGGGGAGGUGUUCGCCGAGUGCCUCAGCGACAGCGCCAUUUUUGUCCAGAGUCCCAACUGUAACCAGCGAUACGGCUGGCAUCCUGCCACAGUCUGCAAGAUACCGCCAGGGUGCAAUCUGAAGAUUUUUAACAACCAAGAGUUUGCUGCGCUGCUGGCGCAGUCGGUCAAUCAGGGAUUCGAGGCGGUUUACCAGCUAACCAGGAUGUGCACCAUCAGGAUGAGCUUCGUCAAGGGCUGGGGAGCAGAGUACAGGCGUCAGACAGUAACCAGCACCCCCUGUUGGAUUGAGCUGCAUCUCAAUGGCCCCCUCCAGUGGUUGGAUAAGGUCCUGACCCAGAUGGGUUCACCCUCAGUACGUUGCUCCAGUAUGUCCUAAAACGGAGGGGAGGGGGGGCUCCGUGCUGAUGCAGACAUUUGAACAUUAUGUUCUGAAGAAGACAACCACAUGGUCUUAAACUGAUGUAUUAACAUUUUUUUUUUUAAACAAAACUUAUAAAAACAAACUAAAAAACAAACAAAUAAACAAAAAAAAAGAUGACACAAUGGACCUGGAGGAGAGAAUGACCUGAGUAAUGGACAAUAGUGGAAUGUUAACAGUGAUGUCACACUGGACCUGAUUACCUUUGGCUCUGUUGGAUCAACGUAACGCUUCAGUAAUCACGGACCUAAUCGUUGAAAAUCACACUGCAAUAUUAAAAUGACAAGUGACGUCGUAGUGGAUCAGACUGCAUUCACUUUUUUCGGGGUGUUUGAACGAGGCUCGGACACAGUGGCCGCCGUUCCUGAGAGCGAACACGUGACCUUUCAGCAACCGGACACCUACCACCGACCGGUCCACCCUGCCUCGUCGCUACCUACCACAGCACAAGCUUUGACUCAUUAUUUCUGUUUACACAAUGGUUGACUUACAAGUAGUAGUACUGCCACUGCCACUCUGGGCCCCAACUUCAACCAAAGUCAACUUUAACUUUUACAGCCUGGACAUGAUUUUCUUCUUAGCAUUUUCCUGGGUUUUGGUGACCAAAAAUGUCAGUCAUGUCAUUUUUAUGUCCACUCUUCUUCUUGCUCUCUCUCCCCAAUUUGCUCUGUCGCCAACGCAGAACAGACUAAGCGGUCUUCCGCUGAGAGAAAAAGUUGCCGUCAUUACAGGUUUACUUACACACACGCACGCACACUGUUGUGCAGCUCGCACAUCACCCGUCUUGCUGCUGCUAUAACACAACAAGUUUCACCGAGUCCAAAAAAGAAGAAGAAAGAAAGUCCUCUUUGUGCUGAUAGUUAAUUGGUCCUAUUCAACAAUGAGGGUGCAGUGGGGUCAGAGUCUUUGAAUUCUCACUUGAAAGUGUGCUUUGUUGCUAGAUGACAGAUAACUGGAAUGAGAAAGCUGAGGCGUCCUCAGAGCGAGAAUGUUUGACAUGUCACCUCUGUGGAGCUUCACAAGCUCAAGUCUUUGGACGUUUAGUUUAGAGGGGGGUGGGGGGGUGGGGAUUUAUCUACAGUUCUGUUAGUUUUUCAGGCCCAAAAGUAUGCACUAUCUUUGUUUACCCUCCUGCAUGCUUGCUCCUGCUGUCUCUCUCUCUCUCUCUCUCUCUUACAUUCUUUACAUUUUUACAAGUACAUCAUCUUUUGUAUAGAAGUAGGGAUGAGCCGAUUCGAUAUGCCGUAUCGGUCCAGUACGGUUCAAAAUCACUGGACACGAACGCCUCACGAAGCAACAUGCGAGGGAGAAGUGCGCCGCCACGGCAUGGCGAUGAGAACGUUAAAAUGUGUUGUGUUUUAAAGUGAUUUGAAAAGAAGAACUCGAAAAAGUCGUAUCCACCCAUCCCUGAUAUCAAGACGAGUCCCUUGUCGGCCUUGCACAGGAGUCUUAAGUCUCAGUGUCGCCCCCUGCUGUCUAACAGACAAUAAGAUUAAAUCAAUCGGUUCCCAGAUGAAGAAAAAUGUUUCUCCACUGUUGACAUUUUCUGAAUAGGAAAAGUCCCGCAGUGGACUUUAAAAAAAGAAUAAGAAAACAAAAAAUAACGCCCCUAUACUGUACUUGCACUGCCCCUAAUCACGCACCCAAUAAGAAAGAUGCCUUUUAUGUAAAAAAAAAUAAAGAAAAAUACAGCAAGAUAUGCUUUGAAAUGUACAGAUAGGAAUGUUGCAAAUCCAAUUUUGAAUUUUAAGAAAAUUACAAGAAUUUCUUUCAUAAUUUUAGGAUAUUCGCUAUUAAAUGUUGUUGAUAUAUUGUCCGAAUUGGCUCAUCGAAAGUGUCUGGAACAUUUAUUCCCAUCAAUCCCCCAUUGCCCUGAUUUAAAAAGAAGAAAAUAAAAGAAGCCAGCUGAUUGAUACCUGUAUCGGUAUCUUUAGAGUCCAAAUCUUUUCAACUCAAAAGUAUUUAAGCUUUAAGUAUUUGACGAGCUAGUUAGUUAUAAGACACAAUUAUUUUUCUUUACUUGUUCUUUUAGCUACAUUUUUGUAUUUCCAUGUAUUUUUUUACACAUAUAUAAUUAUAUUUAAAAUCUUCAAAAGCUUUCUCUUCCUUUUUAUUAGAAGUCAAUAUUUUGUAGAGACGCGCCCUUGUGUUUGAGAACAAUCUCAGCUCAACGAUGAAUGUGACGUAUGUAGCAUAGGAUCAGAUGUUUACCAAUGGAAACAGCUCUGAGCGGUAGAGUCGUCAUGGUUUGCCCCCCCCCCCCCCCCCCCGUUUCUUCAAGAACCACAUUUGGCUGCUAAAAAUUAAAUUUCUUGCCUUACUUUUACUAAUUCUAGCAGUGUGAGCCAAAUUAUGCUAUCAUGCUGUCCCAAAGACUUAUUUAAAAUAUAUUAGAGUACACUGCUGAUGCAUACCUAAUGGCUACAGUGUGAGGUAUUGCAUACUUAAUGGUGAAAAAGUAGAAUUUUAUAUGUCAUUUCAGGGUUUGUUUACCUCUACAAUGAUCAGUGCUCUCUUAAAAAGACGUCCAUCUUCCGUAAUUAGAGAAUUAAAAUUAGGAUUAAUUCCUGCUGCUGGCCAGUUCAGUAUUAAUGUUCCGUAUCACAUCAGUCUGACUUUGGGAGUAGGUGAAUUAGUUGAAUCCGAACCUUUCUUUACUCACUUUGGGACAUUCCAGUGGCUGCCAAUGUCAACUCGAGUAUGCUAGCGCUUUGAUUCUCCGUAUUGUUAUGAAUUGACAGUGAUUGUGUUUAUAUGCACGCAGGUGUCACGAUAAAUCCCAGGCCUUUUAUACUGUUCAUGAGCAGGAAUUUGUUAAAACAACUGUAAAUGGGACUAUACUUGUCAUAUGCUGUCACAUUCCAGAUAUAUAGUUUAACGAGGGUUACGUGCAUGUAAACACACGCACGUUCAAUCUUAGCCGCUACCUGUGUGGAAAAUGUACAUUUUUAAGGAAGGUUUUCGAAAUAUUGGUGACCCAGGGCAUCUUUUAAAUAUCAUUAUCCUUUUAUUUUUUUCUCUUCAGGAAAAACUAGAACAGAACAAAAAACCAGCCAAAUGCAGUGAUGUUUGUCUUUUGUCCUUCGCUUGUGUGUAUAUCUAUCUUCCCAACUUGUCUUUUGUCCCGUCUCUUUGCUGCUGUUUUUUUUUCUUUUUUCUUGCCAAUGUCUGUACACGCGCUAAAAUGAAAAAUGUGUCUCCUAAGGUUGUUAAAUCAUUGCUAACAUACAUGUUUGUUCUAUGCAGCGACAUCUAAUUGUUCAGAUUUUGAUACUCCCCUCUGGGAAAUAUAAGUAGUGUACUUUCUGAUAGUUAGUUCUAUGGUUUAGAGUAUAUAUCGCCAGGGUCCAGGAAAGAGCCUUUUUUAAAAUUGACUUCUCUUUAUUUAAAACGAGUGCCACCUGAAACUGAAGCCCCACCUUUUCUCACUUCCUGAAGUGUUGGUUUUGGAGGAGGAACAUAUGGCCCACUGCGGCCUCGUGGUCGGCGACUACCCAUUCUGAGGCUCCACGUUCCUAUUUACAGCUCGCAUAAUGUAUUUUUCUUUUUCUUAUUGUGAUGACAAUUGUGUAUUUUACCAAUAAAGCCUCUUUUCUGAUACA